AUGGACAUCACAGUACUGAGGAUCUCAGAAAAUCAGACUGAUGGGGCCACCUUCAUUCUCUUGGGCUUCUCAGAAUAUCCGGACCUCCAGGUGCCCUUGUUCCUAAUCUUCCUGACCAUCUACACAGUCACAGUGCUGGGAAACUUGGGCAUGGUUGUCAUCAUUAGGAUAAAUCCCAAACUGCACACGCCCAUGUACUUUUUUCUUAGCCACUUGUCCUUUGUUGAUUUCUUUUACUCUACAGUAGUGACACCCAAGCUACUAGAAAAUUUGAUUGUGGAAGACAGAACCAUCUCUCUGGCUGGAUGUAUCACUCAAUUCUUCUUUCAGUGCAUAUCUGUGGUGACAGAAACAUUCAUGUUGGCAGUGAUGGCCUAUGACCGAUUUGUGGCCAUCUGUAACCCUCUGCUCUACAUGGUAUUCAUGUCUCAGAAGCUUUGUUCUUUGUUGGUAGGUGCAUCCUACUCUUGGGGGGUGGCCUGUUCUGUGACACUCACUUACUUUCUCCUGAAAUCAUCUUACAGUGGACAUAAUAUCAUAAAUAACUUUGUUUGUGAGCAUGCUGCCAUUGUGGAUGUGUCUUGCUCUGACCCCUACAUAAACCAUAUGCUUAUUUUAGUCUCUGCCACAUUCAAUGAAAUAAGCAGCCUGGUAAUCAUUCUUUCUUCCUAUAUUUUCAUAUUUAUAACAGUCAUGAAGAUGCCUUCAACUGGAGGACGCCACAAAGCCUUUUCCACAUGUGCCUCCCACUUAACUGCCAUCACCAUUUUCCAUACUACCAUCAUUUUCCUUUACUGUGUUCCUAACUCUAAAAAUUCAUGGCUUAUGGUCAAAUUGGGCUCUGUCUUUUAUACAGUGAUCAUCCCCAUGCUUAACCCACUGAUCUACAGUCUCAGGAACAAAGAUGUGAAAGAGACUGUCAGAAAGUUAAUCAAUAUCAAACUAUUAUGUCACAAACAGUAG